CUUGGCAAUUUCAGCAAGACAUGGUCGGUCCGAUGGCCCAAGAGGCUUUUUUGGGCUUUGCGAAGCCGGACGGACGAGCAGGGCAGUGUAUUUUUUUUCUGCACACUCUCACCGUAUGUCAAACCACCCAUCAUCUCGGCCGGUCAUGUCGGCGUGGGUGGAGAAACGCGGCGCAAGGCACAGCACCUGUGUCGCCAGCUUGGCUCGGAAAAUAGUGGAAAGCACCGGCGUCCGCACCCGUAUGACCUCGGUCCGACAUGACACAUAUUCGCCAGGAACCGGAAUGUCUUCAAGGCUGUUCUCGACCGUUUAAAAGGCCUCCCUCACGCCGAAUUUCCUAGCACUCGUAGUUGGGGUUCAGGACCAUUGGAAGUGAGGGGAGCCUAGCUACGUCAUGGUGGAUCAAGUCCAGGGAUGAGCUGACUCGGCGGAGCUGAUGAGACGAUGAUCAAAACCACCAGCAAACACGCAUCGUCAACAUCAGCAUUGGUCAUAUUCAUCAAAGGCUGAGAAAUACAAAAGCGUGUCCGACGGCUCGCAAUGAAAUCCUUCGUUACCAAUUUGGGACUGUCUUCUUGAAUCGAGGUGGGAGCUACACAAGAUGACAAACUGGGUGCUCCUUCUGACAAAUUGGGCCAACAGAAGCGCAUAGGCAGUUGUUAUCGCAUCAGCGAAAGAGGGCAAGAGCAACUGAAUAUAUAGGGCUCAGGCAGUCCAAGAUAUUGGAGAUGUUUUAGACCAGAACCAGACUUUUCAUCUCUGGCAUCAUGAAGAGCUUCACACUUCUCGCAGGUCUUUUGUUCUCGUCCACGGCUUCAUCAGCCGUGCAGGGCAUAAAGUCCCCCAAACCCCCGUCGCUGAACCAUCUUUGCUCGGUCAAUUUUACUUUGGGUGACGCUAUCCCGAUUGGAAGCGGACCAAGAGGCAUUCGGCUGGUUAUUCCCAUCUUGAACGGCACCUUCUGGGGACCUAGACUUAAGGGUACCAUCUUACCGAUCGGCGCGGACUGGGCCCUGCUUGAUCCGAAGUAUGGCCUUGAUCCAGACAAGAGCUUUACAGCUGAUGUCAGGACCACAUUCAAAACCCACGACGGGGAGUUUAUCCAGAUCACUCUUUCUGGGGAAAGACAGUCUGAUGAUGCACGGAAGCGGACUCUAGUCAGAAUCGGCAUGGAGACGGGAAGCGAACGGUACUACUGGGUGAAUUCGUUGGUUGGGCUUGGAGUGGUGACGAGGCCCGCUGAGGAGGGCAGAGAGUUUGAACUUGGAAUGGAGUUCUGGCAGGCUCAGCUUUGAAAUUUUGGUCUGCGGUUUCUUGAGUCCGAUAUUGAUCGCAAAUUCACCAUCUCAGGGACACUCCCUGGAUCUAUCACCCUUCCUUCCGUAGCCUUGAAUUGGUUGUCACUCGCAGAGUAACCUCUUAUCCAAAAUAACACCGCUUUCGACAACUUGAAAUACAUCCAG